AUGGUAGAUGACGCGAACUACUCCUUCAGUGUCAUGACUUCAACUGCGGUUGCACCACCGGCGUUCCCAUCUGAAGUCUUCCUGCUCAACUCAGUCGAGUCAGUCUCUGUUGACUGGGUACAUGACUUGGAGUGUCAGAUUCAGUCCAAAACCGGCGUCAGUUGCAAAGCCACAGACCGGCGGUCAGUUGAUGCUACCGACAAAGUCUGCAUUAUGCUUGAAGAAGCAGUCACCCCCCUCCUGAGUCGACUGAGUCGGGAUGACUUCACUCGUGUUCAGCGGCUCUUGACAACUGCUAGGGGUGUACUGUGGGUGGCACGAGGUAGCCUUAUCGACGGCGCUGAUCCUGACAUGGCGCUGCACUCUGGACUACUUCGCACCCUCAGGAUGGAGGAUGCGGGGCGCCGAUACAUCUCCCUCGAUCUCGAGAGCACUGAGCCGUAUUGGUCCGCCAAGAACGCGGAGCUGAUCGGGGAUGUCUUCAGAGCUUCUUUUGACUUUUCCCUCAACUCAAACGUGAUCGAUUGCGAGUACGCGGUGAAAGACUCCACCCUUCACAUGACGCGUAUCUACAACGACGAAUCGGAAAACAUUGCUUUGGCGCCCGAGUCUGCUGAGAAAGUGCCUGAAAUCAGACCGUUUGGUACCCGGGGUGAAGGCUUGAACCUUCAAAUGGAAGUCGGGACGCCUGGUCUUCUAGAAUCCUUACGCUUUAGGGAAGUCGACCUUCAAGACUUAGAUGAGGAUCAGAUUGAGAUCGAGCCUCGCGCAUUCGGUCUCAAUUUCAGGGAUGUUCUCGUGGCACUGGGUCAACUCGACGAAACCAUUAUGGGCUAUGAGUGCAGCGGCAUUGUCACUAGACUGGGCCCGGAUGCAGAGAAGAACAGCGGGUUGAAGGUUGACGACCGAGUUUGUGCCAUCUUACGCGGACAUUGGGCGUCAAGAGUCUUGAUCAACUGGCCUUGUGCUGUUCGUGUCCCAGAUAGCAUGUCGUUCGAGGAGGCUGCGACAAUCCCUAUGGUUUCUGCCACCGCAUACCAUGGCCUCUUCGAUAUCGGCCGACUUUCGAAGGGCGAAUCUGUUCUUAUCCAUGCGGCAACAGGAGGUGUCGGCCAGGCUGCUGUGAUGCUCGCCAAGCAACAAGGUGCCCGAAUUUUCGCCACCGUUGGCACCGAAGCCAAACGAGACUUCGUCAUGAAGGAGUAUGGCAUUCCGAAAGACCAAAUCUUCUCCAGUAGAGACUCAUCUUUUAGCCCUGCUCUAAUGGCUGCCACUGGUGGCAAAGGCGUUGACGUUGUGCUCAACUCUCUUGCCGGGCCGUUGCUCAAAGAGACUUGGGCGUGCAUGGCGAGGUUUGGACGAUUUGUCGAGAUUGGUAAGAGAGACAUCGAGGCAGCCAAGAAUUUGGACAUGAGUCCCCUCCGCCGUGCAGUAACAUUUGCGGCAGUCGAUUUGUUCCAACUUGGCAAGUUCAGGGGUCACGUUGUCCAAGACGUUCUUCGGAGUGUCAUGGAGAUGUUCAGCCGAGGGGACCUACGCGUGGUUUCUCCCAUGACCACAUUUCUAUAUCUGAGGUUGACCAAGCUUUCCGGUUAA